GUUAGCCAAUCAACGAGCAGGAGGCGGGACUUGUGUAUACAUCGCUAGGGUAAUCAUAACCCUUCCGUGGAAAUACUUUUCACAACUUCAGACUGAGGUUUUCUCAAAUAACACAUUCUCAGCAGUGCGAUCGUGAGGCAUGGCGUACCCUUAUGGCGGAUAUGGUGGUCAGAUGCCGGGGGGCCCGAUGGGUGGCCCUCACCCAGGAUCUUACCCUCCCCAGUAUGGCGCUUAUCCAGGCAGCUUUGGUGCACCUCCUGCCCAAGACCCCAUGUGGGGUUACUUCACUGCCAUAGCCGGCCAGGAUGGUGAAGUGGAUGCUGAGGAGCUCCAAAGGUGUUUAACACAGACUGGCAUCAGUGGCACGUAUGCUCCCUUCAGUUUGGAGACCUGCAGGAUUAUGAUUGCUAUGCUGGAUCGGGAUUAUUCAGGUAAGAUGGGCUUCACUGAGUUUAAGGAGCUGUUUACUGCACUGAAUGGCUGGAAGCAGAACUUCAUGAUGGUGGACCGAGACAACAGCGGCAGUGUGGAGCCUCACGAGUUGUCUCAGGGUAUAACUAAUAUGGGGUAUAGAGUGAGCCCUCAGGCUUUGGGGUGCAUCAUCAAGCGCUUCAGUCGAGGAGGCAGGAUCUAUUUUGAUGACUAUGUGGCCUGCUGUGUGAAACUCAGGGCUCUGACAGACAAUUUCAGAAUGAGGGAUGUUAUGCAACAGGGAACUGUGAACAUCGCUUAUGAUGACUUCAUCUUGUGCACCAUGUCUGUCUGAGGACAAUUGGAGAGAGUUCCUGAUUUCUGGGGGAAUAGAAGUAUAAUAGUGUGUAUAUAACCUAUAAUAUAUGAAGCCUCCGGCUAGUACAAUAUUGUAAAAUGUGCCACAUUUUUAAUGGAUUAGGAGAUCUGUUGACUGGUCAGUGCAAAGCAUUUUUCUGAUGUAAAGCCAUUUGCCGCUUCUUUAUAACGGGACAAACCACAUCAGCCUUUUUUAUUUUGUGCCAACGUAUUUGCUUAACUUGUUAACUAGUUUGAUGCCAAUGGUCACUACUUGUGUAGUUUUUGUUUUAAAUAAAUUUACAUUUUAAA